UUUAUUGGAUGAUUGCAAUUGAACGUGUGAAAAGCAAACAUAAAAUCAAAACAAAACCCGAUUGGACUUCUUUUAUUGUUAAUUAUUGUAAAUAUUAGUUUUUUAAUUCUAUUUUAAGUAAAGUAUUAUACUACUUAAAAUUCUUAAUUAAAGUCUGUAAGUUGAAUAUAAUUAAUGUGCAAUUUUGCUAAACGUGAUGGCUGUCUGCGUUAAAGUGAAAUCACGGAGUCUCAAUUCGAAAAGCGAUAUCUCCAUCUACGAUUAUGCCCAUUCGAAGAAAAGCACAACCCGUGUGUCCAAAGCCAACAAGUUAUCAGUUGACGUAACAGAGGAGGAGCAUGAUUCUGAAUUAGGUGAAGAUCAAAUUGGUCUGGGUUUACAAAACGUAGUCUCCAAUACGCCACAGGAGAACAGUUAUUCUGAUUAUGUUAUCGACAUUUGGUAUCUUAUAUCGGAAUACAUCCUACCGGAAGAUGUUUGCAGUUUUGCGCUCAUAUGUCGUAAAACGGCUGAAGUUGUGCAGUCUGCUAAAUUUUGGCACCAUCUUUAUCAGAAGUACUGUAAGCAGUGUGAUGAAGAUUUGCCCCGACGCUUGCAACCGGUAAAUAUGGGUAUUCUACGCGGGCUGCGGACAUGCACAAUACGAUCUUUGUUCUACAUGUAUCCACCGUUUGUACGUCGCCUUUCGAUUGCGCCUUUCACGGAUCCACAUCGAAUUGCCGGACGGCAACUGGUAUUCUCGUGGUAUCGCAAAAAUAAAACAGGGUGGAAUUAUUACUUCAAGCUAAAAGCACGUCUGAUCCCUGGAAGCCGAUCAGCCCAGUCUGUCGCACUGCAAGGACAAAGAACUUCGUUGGACUAUUUAAAAGAUAUCUACAUGAAUCCGGAGGAAGGAUGUCAGAUCUUGAUUGUUACAACGGAAACUUUACAUAUCAUUCCACAAUACCAGGAACCACUGUUCAUUCGCUCCCUAACGCAAACUCUAGCUGAAGGUAUGCGGAAUUAUAUGGUUCGCUUGCAAAUGGCCAACUACUGUAAGCGAGUUGUGGCCGAAAUUAUCCUGGUACCGGUUCGACAAGUACGGGUACUGGACUGGUGGACUCCUGACUAUUACCGAGAGGACCCGAACAUGGAAAAACAAGAUCAACCGUUGGUGGAGGAAGUGGACGCUUGGUACUGGGACGAUUAAACAACAAUGCUGAAUGAUUGAGGAUGCUGUUAACUGUAAAUAGUUAGCUAUUUUAUUUUCAAUUCAUAAUAAAUUUUUGUAAUGAAUUAUAGCGUACAAGAA